GCUUUCUGCACCAUACCUCUCUGUCCUUCAUUUACAUUCUAGAUGCUGGCUCCUCUCUGGAGAGCCCCCUUCUCCGUUUGAAAUGCCAAUCACCCCUGGCUCUUCCUUUAUCCUCGAUCACACACACUUCCUCUGCAUUGAUGUGAGGGAUCUGGGAGCUCGGCAUGUGCUGAGGAGAUUCCCUACUUUCAGUCUGAAUGCCAACUGAAGUUUCUGUGAAGAUAUCAGACUGUGGAUUUCAUCCUCUUUGAGAUUUCCAGGAAUUGACUGAAUUUUACUUUGUUCUUUUGAGGAUUCUCCAGUGCUGAUUUUGUUCUUGUUCCAGGCUCCUGACUUAAUUUUGUUUAGGUGUGGCUGGGACUUCUGUGAUAAGAGUGGCAAGGACUCAGCUUCCUCUCCUUUUUUCACUGUGCACAUCCUGUGUCAGCAGCUGCCAGCCCUGUUCACACACAGCUGUGGUUCUCCCCGGAAAGGUGGGGCGCUGGGAGUGGAGGGGGUGUGUGGAUGUCCUGUUCUGCUGGAGUUCGAUCCAGACUUUAAUCUUGACUCGCCACCUGUCCACACAGCAGUCACUGCGUGUAUGAUUCAGUGUUUUACGCAGUAAGUGACUCUCCAGGAUACUGUCGCUGUCUGUGUGUGUGUGUGUUCGUGAAAGGAUUGCUGUGUACACGGAGCACUAGCCGCUCAUGUUGCUGCUAAUAUGGCAGGAACCUCGCAUGGACAUAUACCUUGGGUCUAUCAGGGGCAAAUGUACUAUGGGAAGCCUUUGCUGAGCUAGGCCCCCAAGGAACUAGCACCCUAAUUGUGCGUCCAAGCGCACCCUGAACAAAAUGAAUGCAACUGAGCUGAACCAAAGCACAGAACCCUUCUGCUUGCUGGACAUUGGCUACUCUCAGAUCUUCGAGACCUGCCUGAUGGAAGUAGCUGUUAUUUUUUUCUUGACAGUGCUCAUCAUCUCAGGAAACCUUGUCGUUAUCUUUGUUUUCCACUGUGCCCCACUUCUCAGCCAUCAUACCACCAGUUCCUUCAUACAGACAAUGGCAUACGCAGACUUCCUGGUUGGGGUCAGCUGUCUCAUCCCUUCCCUGUCUCUGCUGUACCACCUGGAGGGCUUGAAUGAGGAACUCACCUGCAUGGUUUUUAGCUACAUGGUCAGCGUGUUGAAGAGCGUCUCCAUGGCCUCUCUGGCAUGUGUUAGUGUUGACCGUUAUGUUGCAAUCACCCGUCCUCUUUCCUAUGCAGCUCUGGUCACACCCUGCCGUCUUCGCACCUGCAUCGCCCUUAUUUGGCUAUACUCGGCACUCAUCUUUUUGCCCUCUUUUUUUGGUUGGGGCAAACCAGGAUAUCAUGGUGAUGUGUUUAGGUGGUGUUCCUCUUGGGACACCCAGCCCCUCUUCACCGCCUUUAUUGUGGCUGCCCUCUAUGCACCAGCUGCUUUCACCGUUUGUUUCACCUAUGCCCAUAUCUUUCGCAUAUGUCGGCAGCACACACGGCAGAUCAGUGAGCGUAGAGCUCGCUUUGGCCCACAAGAGUCUGAACCAGGUGAGCAAGCCUGCACAGACAAACGUUACGCUAGCGUGCUCUUCCGCAUCACCAGUGUGUUCUACAUGCUUUGGCUACCCUACAUCAUCUAUUUUCUACUGGAGAGCGCAGGGAUAUACAGUCAUGCUAUUGCCUCGUUUCUGACCACUUGGCUGGCCAUUAGCAAUAGUUUUUGCAACUGCCUCAUCUACAGCCUGUCCAACAGCGCCUUCCGCAAAGGCCUCAAGCGCCUCUGCCUUCUAUGUCUGCAACGUACCAACACCAAGAAGCCCCUAGGAGAUCUAGCAUCCCCUCCCCAUCCUGCAUACCAUGUGUAGCACCUUCUGUUGUCAAGGAGAGUCAAUUUGGUGUUGAUGGCAAUUGUCUUGUCAAGCUAAAAGCUGAUGCUAAAGAUUUGUAUCUGGGCAUCUGUGCACAGUCCCAGUUUGGUCCCUGUUAGGGCGUUUUGAACUAGGCAAGACCACAAUGGUCUGUUUCUUUGUGUAGUUGGGAUAUUAUCUUGGAGGGUGAAGUUGACCCCUGACCCUGGUCAUUAGAAGUUAAGAGGAACGUUAUGUGAGAGUGGGCUGCUCUCAUUAGUGUUAGCUGAUAUACCAUUCUCAGCAGAUUUUUAUACAGUGACAGUAAGAAAAGGAGAAAAUGAGUAAUGAGAAAAGGAGAAGAAUCAAACUGUAUUAGAGAAUUAUGAUUAUGUAGUUUUUAGAUUUCAGUGUCUUUAUGCAAAAAAAGCUUACUUUACAUUGGUGAGAAAAAAAGCAAUGCUGGAGGAGUUGAUUUGUCUGCUUAAAAGACCACAGCUUAAAGGAGAAAGCUUAUGACUUUCAGCAGCCUUAACUAGCUGAUCUGUAGGCUUUGUGGUGACUUUGCCAGUCUUUGUGGACCAUUGACUUGUAGUUAUGUGGUCAGCACAGUGAGAACAUAUAGCCUCUGUUUCUCCAGCUAACUGGCUCACAACUGUUUAAAUGUAGGUACACAUUUAAAACCUUAAAUAUUACUUACUAGGUGUUAAAAUUAUCUUUUAGACAUAGACUUCAAUAACUCUGCAAAGAUUGAAAGCGUUUCCGGGGUCUGACCUGGUUUCAGACUCUGUAAAUUUUUAUGCUUUCAAUACCAAAUUUGAGGAUAAUCUGAUCAUGACCCUACUCCUCAGUGGUGUUUUUGCUAGAUUCGUUGUGCUUUUCGUCUCUGGACCAGCAAUGAUUCUUGACCUUCAGUAGUCAGAGUGGAAUUUUUCACAAGAGCUGUUCCAAAAAGCAGAAUUCUACCCAAGCCCUUCAACAACGCAGCAAUUACAUGGUCUUCCCAUUUGCUGAUUAUUUAAUGUCAUGGAGGGAUUACAUAACCAUGCCUCUCAUAUAAGGAGGACAUCAUCCCCAAAAGAUGCAUUAAUACAACUGCAAACAGACGGCCUGUUCUCCCUGACUCCUUUCUAACCCUUGAUUGUACUGGAGAUUAACUUUCUUCCCUUACCCCCUGCAUCAACUCUAUUGGCUCACCACCCUUCAAAUCCUUCUGAAAGAUUUAUUUAAUUACUUGGAGGAUCUGGUUUGACAAUUAAUUUCAAUUUGGUUGUAAUGCCUAUUGGACAUUGCAAUGCCUGCUAUAAUGACUCUUUGACUUGCACUCUACCGUGAGUUAUCCUGUGGCGCUCCAUUGCCAUACUUGGUUUGCUUUCACAGAAUGCAAAUUUUAGUGGUGGGAUGAAUGGUUAAAGAGGGGAGGGGAACAUCUGUCCUAACGCAUUACUCAAAGAACAUCACACUUAAAAUAUUACUUCAUGUAGUUAGCACACCACACAUGACCAUAACAGCUGUUAAUUACAUUGGCGGGCAAUGAAGAUGAACGACACUGCAAUGGAAAAGGUGCUUAUGUGGACAAUAACCAGAGAAAACUGUCCAACCCCGGUUGUAUUAGGGUAAUUAAUUACUAAAAUGCAGGUCAGUUUGAAAGCUACUGAAACGGUGAUGGCAGAACACAGAGGUUAAAGUUUCUCGAGAGUCUUGCAUGUUUAGACAACCUUUAAAGAAGUCUUUGCAAAAUAAAUACAACAAUGAACUACUUUUUAUUGCGCUGUAUUAUUUAUCUUUGUGACACACUUAAGAAACCUCAAUCGCUGAUUCUGUACAUAAUUCAUGUGUGGAAGUGCCAAGAAAAUUGGGCAUUUAAAAUCAUGUUUUUUGUCCUUUUUCAUGCUAUGACUGUGAUCAUGAAUUCCCUUAUUUGGAUGGUACUGUUAAAAAUGGGUUCUUAUGCAGAUAACCUGGUCUACAUAGUUGACCAAAGUAAAAAAAAAUAUAUUUAUGGGCGCACUCUGAUUUAAUAAUCUUUUUUUAAUUUUUUUUAAAUAAUAGAGGAUCUACUAAAUUGUUCGAGUAAUAAGACUGAAAACACAUGUUGUUUAAUGGAGUGUUUGAUUAUUAACAAAAUCUAAGAAAACACCCAUUUUCUCUUUGUAUGUAAUCUAAAGUUUAUUUCUGGGUAUGAAUUUUACCUUCUCUUUAAUAGAGAGUUUUUCGUUGGAUAUGGUUAUGUAUUGUGGCUUAUCUUAAAGUCCAGUUUUUGGUAUGGCAUUUGGUAUAACCAAAAUACAUUUUUGAUCAGAAAUGUAUUUAUUUUGUAUUCCACAUCACUUCAGUUUAUGCAUGGAUUGUCUAUGGGCUUUCUUUCGUAAUUGUAUUACUGUGAUGUGACAAAAUGUAACUUAUGAAGUGUCAGGAAAAGCCUUUCGUAGGUGAUGUGUUGGGUAAAAGUUAAAUAUAGUUGAGACUGCUUCUGAACUGUGAUGUCAUGGCAGGGUGCUGUGCAAUACUUUAUUUUUCUAGAGAAAACAUAUCACACACAGUAGAAAAAGGGCUUUUAUUUUAUCCAAAUUUCCCAGAUGUGUGUUGAAAUGUAGAUCUUGAUCUGGUGGCCUCUGGCUAUGUGCUGUUUUUGAACCAGUGCUGAAAGAAUUUGUGUAUCACUGUUGAGCCAUUUACCCCUCCACCACUUUGAUCGCGCAUGACCACGAGUGUGCGUAUGUACUUUAAACCGAACAAAGGCGCAUGUCUAUUCUGAGAACUUGUUUUUUGCAUUCGUCUUGAUUGCUGUUUGGUCUCUGUAAUUCUCCUGAAGCAUCAGCAUUUAGAAUCCUUCUCAUCUGUGAAACAUUUCUUUUAUUCACCUAGAAAGGAUUGAGAUUAAAUUAACUCUUUCCCCGCCAAACACGGAAUUUUCCGGGUUUUAUGAAAAACGCUUCCCCGCCAAACACGGAAUUUUCCGGGUAUCCGUGUUUUAGAUGGUAUACGGUAAGGAAGACCCGCGCGCAUGUUUUGAAAGAGUACACAACUCUUUGAUCAAAGAAACAGACUGCGAUCGUCUCAGACGUGAAGUGGAACACCAUACUAAUACUAAAGCACUUGUUUGAUAAAAAUGCCUUUUUCUCAGCUUUUUGUUCGAAAUGUUGUUUUUGACAAAACCUACCUCUGUUCAAGUGGCAAUAAAAAAAGAACAAAUGAAGAUUAAAUAAAAUCGUUUUUUUUUUUUGCCUAAAAGCAGAGGCUCAUAUCUUUAUUUUGAUAUAUAGCAUCUUCAUAUAUUCAUGGAAGAAAAUAUUCUGCGGGCCAUUAAAGUUUAGCAAAAAUCGUCAAAAACCCUGGCGGUGGCUGGCAACUUUUUUUAAAAACGCUGGCGGGGAAAGCGUUAAACACCCCCAAUUCUGAGGAGCUGCCUCUCACUUUAUUUAUUUUUUUAUUAACCAUUUGGGUUUUUGUUUUUUACACAAGAUUUUGGAGACCAGAUUAUCCGUACCAUUUGAUAGUCCUUUUCUGAAGUUCUCACAUUCAUGAAAAACCUGAAAUUAUUAGGGAAUUUUAAAAUGUUGGAAAUGAAUAAAAUCUUAAAAAUCAUGAAAAUUCGAAUGUACAUUUUUCUAGUGAUGUUCUUUUGUAAGAUAUUUCAUUGGCUUGAUGAAAUAGUGAAAAUGAUGUAGUGAAAAUGAUGUAGUUAAUCAGUCAAACAGGUUCACAAAUUGGUCUGAAUUUGAUUUGAGCUUAAACAAUCUGUAUCCAUUAAUCACAAAUGAUUGUAAAGGUCAUGGAAACUCAUGGAUAUUCAUUGGUCAAAAAGAGUGGGAAUCCAGUUUCUGUUAAAAAAAUUAAUAAUGUAAAAAAAAAUGUGGGUUUGUAAAAUUCUGGAUAUUGAAGCUUGCAUAUCUGUUUUCAAUCACUGUAGAUUUUGUCUAUUUCUACAUACCUCUUUUUAACUGAAGGAUGUAGUCAAUGGGAUUGUAUAUCAAUUUUUGUUUUCGACAAAUGUGUUUUGCUGUUUAGUUUUUUUGUCCGAGGAAUAAAAGACAUGGAUUUUAAAACUAUACCGCUGCCCAAACAACUGUUGGCAUUGCGUGUUUUGCAACAUAUACAAUGGUACUGUACGUCUUGGGUAAAAGUAGUGGAAUGAUUUCAAUGUAAUUUAACUUUCAGGACAUUUCGAUGCCAGAGAGCUUGUUUUGUGUGUUUUUUGUUCUCUGUGUGAUGCCAAAGCUUUUUUUUCCUUUCCUGUGGGAAAAUGGUUCUGUUCUUGAAAUCAAAGUCAAGGGCUAGUGCUCUCAUGGGAACUAAUCUCCCAUGAUGACUUGCUCUCUGCUGUGCCAUGUUAGGACGCAGGACCCAACCGGGCCUCUGCUAUCACAGAAAAUGGAGGACAAAGCUGGAACAGAGUGUGUUCUCUCCCUAAGGAACACACACCCCUCUGGGCGUGCACACACACACUCACACACCCCUCUGCAACCUCGCCUUGAUUGUACUUGGCAUCUUUAUUGAAUUUAUUCGUGUAUGUUUUAGCAAUCCGUUAAAUUGCUGAGCCAGGCUCUAUAAUGAAUUGCUCAUGAUCUUGCCCUCUUUAGUGGUUCUGAUUUUAAUUUGAUUAACUGGAGAGAAUCAUUUUAUGCCUUUCAGCUUAAAAUGUCCAACAUUUUAUUUCAUUUCUUUUUCUUAUCUUAAGUGAAAUUUGUUUUACAAAAGGAUGUGAAAACACUGCAAUGUCUUGGUAAUUAACAAUGUUUUGGAAGUUGCUUGGCUGAAAGGAAACCGAACUGUUCUUCCAUAUUUUUUUGGAAAUCAACAAAUUGUCCAGUGUGUUUUAGGGUUGAAGCUGAGGUACUGGUGUACUUUACUGCAAAUUUUGUAAUGAUGUCAUGUUUUAGAAAGAUUUUGUGGAUAAUAUAUUUAUAUUCUGGUAUAUCUGCACUGAGGAAAUAAAUGUG